AGUGAAAAUGUAAUGUUCAGCCCACACAUUAUCACUCUUAAUAAAACCGACCCUACAUGCAGUGGCGCCAUAACUGAUGUGGAGACUGCCGUCUUUUUUCUCUCCGAGGUUUUGAUCCUCCUUAAACUAGAGGCAGCUGAGACCACCCUCUUCUUUGAAACAUCAGAUGCUCUCAACUUCUUACAUAACAGGCUGUUUUCAGUGAGACGGUUGCAAGGGAAAGCUGCUCUAACUAUUAGGAAAAGAAAAACAUAGUUUGGGCAUUUUUGAACGCUGAGGGCUUGAGACCAUCUUCCGUUAAAAGCCCUAUUCAGACGGGACUCGUUUUACAGGGGGUCGUUAGAGAAAUCUGUGUUUCACAGACAUACUUGGUGAUUUUAAUCCCGUCCGAAUACUGGCUAUUGUAAUAUCAGCAUCAGACUCGCAGCAUGGCUAAGCGUGUGGCUGUGAUUGGAGCAGGCAGCUCUGGACUGACCUCCAUCAAAUGCUGCUUGGAUGAAGGGCUGGAGCCUGUGUGUUUUGAGAGCAGUGAUGAUAUUGGAGGACUCUGGAAGUUUAAGGAACAACCAGAGGAAGACCGCUGCAGCAUUUAUCGUUCUGUCGUAGUGAACACCUCUAAAGAGAUGAUGUGCUAUAGUGAUUUCCCCAUGCCAGAUCAUUUCCCCAACUUUGUGAACAACUCUACGUUAAUGCAGUACUUCAGACUCUAUGCCGAGCACUUUAACCUGCUCAAACACAUUCACUUUCAGACCACAGUUCGCAGUGUGAGACAAAGGGCUGAUUUCUCUAACUCUGGUCAGUGGGAAGUGGUGACCAUGGACAGAGAUGGACGAGACGAGACACAUGUGUUUGAUGGUGUUCUAGUGUGUGCAGGACACUACACAAAGCCCAUCAAACCCCUCUCAGACUUCCCAGGUAUUGACACAUUUCCAGGGACAAUAAUUCACAGUUGGGAAUAUAGGGACCCUGAUCCUUAUAUUGGGAAGAGAGUUGUUGUUCUUGGGAUUGGGAAUUCUGGUGGAGACAUUGCUGUGGAGCUCAGCAGAGCAUGUGAGAAGACAUUCCUGAGUACCCGGAAAGGUGCUUGGGUCAUAGGUCGCGUGGUUGAAAGAGGGCUUCCUCUAGAUAUGAUGAUGAUGACACGAGCUCAAGAUCUGAUUUACGGCAUCCUGCCUCAAGCUCUGCUCAACUUGAUUUGGGAGAGAAUCCUCAAUAAGAGAUAUGACCACAAGCUGUAUGGACUACAGCCUGUAUACAGGAUCCUCGACCAGCGUGUUGUUAUAAACGAUGACCUCCCUGGUCGCAUUCUGUUAGGGGAACUGGUGAUGAAAUCAAAUGUGCAGAAGAUCCAAGGCUCGACAAUUGUCUUUGAUGAUGGGACUGUGGAAGAGAAGAUUGAUGCAGUGAUCUUAUGCACAGGAUAUGAUUAUAGAUUCCCCUUCCUCCCCACCUCCUUAAGCUCUGGUUCUAAUGGAGAUCUGAAACUCUACAGAAGAAUCUUCCCUCCAUCUCUAGAACGUCCAACACUGGCCAUCCUGGGCCUGUUUCAGACCAAAGGGUCGAUCAUGCCAGCUGUAGAACUACAGGCACGCUGGGCCACCAGGGUCAUUGCAGGACUGAACCAUCUUCCUCCGGCUGAAAAGAUGGAUAAAGCAAUUGAGAAAGAUGUUCAAGCGAAUUUAAAGAGUUACCCCUUUCCCAAGCUGGCUGCGCUUCAGGUGGACCACAUUCCUUACCUAGACGCAAUAGCAAGAGAAGUGGGCGUCUCUCCCAACAUUGCUUCACUGCUCCUGAGGGACCCUGCUGUUGGUUUGAGGGUUUUCUUCGGGCCGUGUUCUCCGUACCAGUUUCGACUGAAUGGACCGGGGCACUGGAGUGGCGCCCGUCAGGCCAUCCUUACCCAGUGGGAUCGUGUGGCCAAACCCAUGAAGACCAGGCCCAUUCCAGAACAUCCAUCCUUCAGUUUAUUUUUUUGGCUGGGCCUGUCAGGAGGGGCUGCAUUGAUUAUUGCUUUAUUGGCAAUGCACAUGAUCCCAAUGUUUCUGAAUAGUGAUUAGACCCCAUAGAUAUAACUAUCUGUUUUGCGUUUGCACUUUCAUCUAAUUAUACUUUAAUCUA